CCAUACUUAUGAAUACUACGGUGUGUUGGAGCUCUUUCAAAGUCAUCAUUCUCAUUCCACAUUCCGAGAGGGAUGAUUUUCUAUCUCUGCUGGAUCAAGCACUACAGAUUGCAGGGUUGAGGUCCAAUCACAAUCCAAUUGCUAUUAGUGGCCCAACAAAAGAAAUGCAACAACCUGAAGGUGAAAUGAAAGAGGUACUUGAAUUGGCAAUGGCGACAAUCCCUCGAUUAUAUUUGGCACAAGUUUGGGUCCCUUGUAACAAGCUAUGCGUUAACAUCUCCACCAACAAACGCUGCAUGGAGAUGAAGUCUUUCAUAGACUCUCAAAGUAAGAUGUUCAAUUCCUGGGGUGAUAUUGAUGAUUAUAUGCAUGACUAUCUUCAAGCUUGUCAAUUUCACAAGCUUCAGAUAGAUCUUCACAAUUGUCAUUCAAAUUUAUGUGAUUUCACUAUAUCUGAGAAUCCGUUAGCCCAUUAUGCCCAAAAGGCUAGGAUGUCGCAUUGCAUUACAGUCUCUCAUCAAAGCAAUACCGAUGACUUGUACGUCGUUCAAUUUUUUCUUCGGCCAAAGUAUAAACAAGAUGCUUGCGGUGAUCAUUCUCUACACUUGCUCUUAAGGAUUUUGGAGACCAAUCUCAAGAGUGUAACGCUUUUAUGUGGGAAACAACUUGUAGAGGAAUAUCUAAGGCGUGAUGCAAUUGAAUGCGAGUCGAUUGAUAGUUUCAGUUUGAUGAAGUCUUACAAGCAAAACUUUUCGGUGUUGAACAUGACAACGUACUUGAAGAUGGUCGACUCGUGUUGCCUCAAACCUUCCUCUGCGGGUAUGGACAAAGGAUGGGUUUUUCUCUUCCCGGCAAAGCAAAGCAUGUGUAAAAAUCACGUUAAAGGUAACUCGUUAUUGAUCAAGGAGAAAAUGGAAGAUUUAAUGAAGAAAAUAGCAGUCAAAUCUUGGAAACACGAUAAAUGGAUAGUCCAAUUUUGGGCGCCAAAAAUGGUGAAGAAUAGGUGCUAUCUAGAAACUUCAGAUCAACCUUAUGUUGUUGGUUAUCUUGCAAAGGGUAUAGCUUUAUUUAGGAAACAAUGUACGAUGUAUCCCUAUUUUGUUGACAACCAAGCCAGACAGAAUGAACUGGGGCCGCCCGGACGUGUCUUUAGGUUCGGACACCCUGAAAUCAGCCCUGACCUCUUCAACUACACUGGAGAAGAAUUUCCAAUGAGAAACUUUGCAAUGUUAUGUUGUAAUCGCGGAUACAUGGCUUUUCCCAUAUUUGACAAUGAAGGCGUAGGCAAUCACAAGGUUGUAGGUGUGCUAGAGUUCCUAGGAUUUUACCAUUCCGACCUUCGAAUCAUAGGAAAACUACUUGAGGAAACAAAAUUGUGCUCCACUCACAUGGACUUCCACCCAAGUUUUUUAGCAAAUAAAUCUGCCAAUAUUUUCAGUGGCAGGGAGAAAGCAUUGACAGAAAUCCAAACUACCCUUAGCAUAAUCAAUAAGAUCCAUCCCCAAUUUCAUAUGGCAAAUGUUUGGGUCCCUCCUGGAGAUUGUCUUAGUUCUACUAUUAAUAAUAUGAGUUGCAUGGAGCUGGCAUUGUCUACUAAGUAUAACUUGAAAUUUAUGCCUACAGAUUCAGUUCACUGGAUUCAUGUCCAAGCCAGAAAAGGGAUUAUUGGGAUGGUAUUGGCAUCUGAAAACAAAUCAUGUUUUUGUCCAAAUUUAAGUGAAUUCAGCAUAGUCGACCAGCCCCUGUCACACUAUGACAUGAGUGAUCGACGUGAUGUUUGUUUUGCAAUUUGUUUGCAAAGUUCACAUACUGGUAACCUUCUUUAUGUUAUGGAGUUUUUCCUCUGCCCAGGUUUUGCAACGUAUAAAUAUAUUGGGUCCUUCUUGACCCUUUUAUUGCCAAUGAUGGAGCGUUAUUUAAGAUCAUUUAAGAUGGCUUGUGGGAAGGAAAUAAAAGAGACAUUUGUGGUUGAAGUUAUUGAAUUUUCUUAUGCAAAUAAACUUGAUUCCUCUGAAUUAGAGUCUGCAUGUCUAUAUCCAGUCAUAUUUAAAAGUGUGCAGUACAAUCAUACUAAAGAAGAACAACAAAAGGAGUACCAUCACACCGUAGAAGAACAACACGCAGAAGAAUGCUCCGUUGUUGCUUCAAGUUCUAAUAAAAGAGACAAAGAGAAGCGAAAAAACUCCCUUAAUCUUAGUGUUGAGAUUCUCCAACCAUAUUUUGGGAAGAAGCUAAAAGAUGUUGCAGAAGAGCUCGGUGUUGGAAGAUCAACAAUAAAGCGUGCGUGCAGGGAACUUGGCAUUCGAAGGUGGCCAAAUAGAAAAGAGCACCUUUUCGAAGAAGAAAGUGCUGGAAAUUCAGAACAUAGUGUGCCCCCAGCAAUCGGCAACCUUCAUCCAUUGGAUGAUGUGACGGAAACAAACGCAGACAAAGUGAUUGUAAAGGUGAAGUAUAAAAAAGAUUUAAUAAAAUUUGAGUGGUCUAUGUCAUUAGGAUUGGUAGAGCUUAGUGCAGAAGUGGCGAUGAGACUAAAUUUGGGGAUGGAUAGUUUCAAAUUGAAAUACAAGGAUGAAGAUGGUGAUGAGAUCUUAUUAACCAGAGAUGUUGAUUUGCAAGUCUGUCCAAAGAGUCGAACAAUUAGAGGCGAGACACUCAUCCGACUUUUGGUUCGAUGACAUGCAUGUGCAAUAAAGACAAGGAUUUCUUCAGUUUUAUGACUUAGUUUACCUAUAACUUAUUUUAUGAAAUUCUUUUUCAUGGGUUAGAUUCAGUGAUACUGUCAAAUGUCAUCCCAAUCGAAGUUGAUGUUCUUAUUAUUAGCAAUUUUA